AUGACAAACUACACACCGAGUACUGAUGGCGCCAAUCGAAUGGUUAUGGAACAGGUUACAUUGCCCAACGGCCAGCAUAACUCGGAUAACAUCAGCGAAUCCAAUGGUACGGAAUUAAAUGCCACUGUCAAACCUUCGCCCUUAACCUAUAGUAUCCUUGCUAAUUCGUCUUUUGACCUGCUCUUUCCCCCUAGGGAUACAGACUACAAUAGGGACCUGGCCAUGGCCCUAUUCAAGGCCGAGAUGGAGUAUCAGGAAAUCAAGUCUCUCAUUAAUUUACACCGUCACGAGGCGAUCGGAUACAUUAUGGAUUCCUCUCUGGGCGGUUCCAACCGCGCUAUACGCAAGGAUACUGCUAACGGCUGUAUCCCAUUCAAGCGCAAUGCUUUCAAGAUAAGGUGCAGUGCAGAUGGAACAAAUUGCCAAUGUCCAGAUGGUUACGUGCCAUGCAGUCACAACAAGGUAAUGGCCGGCUAUUCACAAUGGAAAACGGCACUGGUGGACGUUUGUAGUGGAAGUAAAAGGGGUGAUAUUCUAAUAGUAGGCAAGUUAUUCAAUGUGUACAAUUGUGACGGUGUAUUAGUUGACCGGAAAGGAGUCGUUAUUGGUCCCAAGAGCGAGAAGAUAAAGGAUGAAGAAUUGUGCGAUCUUUGCGAUAUGGCGGAUGUAAUUUUAUGCAGACGUAAGACAUCAUUGUGCGAAGUUACUCAAUGGUCCGAAUGGUCAGGCUGUUCCAGGCCCUGUGGUCCUGGCACACAGCAAAGGUUUAGAAUUUUUCUUAAUGACGAAUGUGAGGGUGAAUACAAUGAAGAUACUCGCAAUUGCCAAUUGGGUGAAUGUCCCCAGCGAAUUCCCUAUUCGUCUUGCAGGUUAAUGAAGCUGCCAGAAAAUGACAAUUCUACUCAUGGGAUGUACGAUGCCACAAUCUAUGGGUGCUACUGUCCUAUGCAGGGCUACAUUGCCUGUUCGGCUGAGGAGGCAUUGAGUAACGAGGGAAGCUGGAUGGAGGAUUUUUUAAAGCAUAGGGAUAAUUACAUUGAUUCGUUAAAUUACAGAAGAUUAUUUCCGAAAGGUUUGGAACGAAAGCACCUCAACCACCUGAGCUCUAGCUAUAAAGUGUUGUUGAGAGGAGGGGUGGUCGUUGAUGGUUCUAUGGCAUGGUCAAUUGCCUCCGAGUUCAAUUUAUACGGUCUUUGCAGGCCCGGUGCUCCUGUGCUUUGCAGGGAGAAUGUAGACUAUGAAAUGGUACAGGGCUCUUCAUUUGCCCAAUUUGCGUUUAAGCCAAGCCAUGACAAUGCGAUGAGCAGGCUCUCCUCUACCCAUUACUCAAUAUUCCUCGCACUUGUCGGAGUGCUAUCCUUGCUACUCUACAUCCUCUCUAAGAUGGUUUCAAUCAGAAAGCUAUUCAAUCCGCUGAAAAAUAAAUUCAAACAAUCGUAG